CUCUCCACGUCGUCAUUUCGCUGUCCCGUCCCCCGAAAGAUUCUUCCUUCCUUUUCUUUCCUCUUCGUUUUGUCUAUAAAUUCAUGGACUCCCCCACCGCGUUCGGACCUCCCUCUCGUCUCACGUAAUCUCCCCCAACAACGCGACUUCCGUUUCUUCUCUCUCUUUCUCUCUGUGCGCACAUGGAGGGCUCCUGCGCUGACGCAGCACCCGCCGCCGCCGCAUCGCCGCCGGCGAACCUCUACGGCGAAGUGUACGGACACUCUUCGCUGACGGAAGGGGUGAACCCGUUUGGCCGAGAACUCCCCGAGUCCGACGUUUGGAUCCUUACCUCCGGCGGCCUUCGCAUCCCCGCCCACUCUGGCAUUCUGGCGUCCGUGUCGCCGGUACUGGAGAACAUCAUAGACCAGCCUCGGAAGCACCGGAGCUCCGAGCGGGUCAUACCGAUCCUCGGCGUCCCCUGCGACGCCGUCUUGGCUUUCGUCGGAUUCCUCUAUUCCUCAAGGUGCACGGAGGACCAGAUGGAGAAGUACGGGAUCCACCUGCUGGCGCUGUCGCACGUGUACCUGGUCCCGCAGCUGAAGCAGCGGUGCACCAGGGCGCUGAUCCGGCGGCUGACGGCCGAGAACGUGGUGGACGUGCUCCAGCUGGCGAGGCUGUGCGACGCGCCCGACCUCUACCUCAAGUGCCUGAAGCUGGUCCACGCCCAUUUCAAGUCUGUGGAGGCGACCGAGGGCUGGAAGUUCCUGCAGAACCACGACCCGUGGCUCGAGCUCCAGAUCUUGCAGUUCAUGGACGAGGCCGAAUCGAGGAAGAAGAAGAGGACGAGGAACAAGGAGGACCAGAGCCUGUAUCUGGAGCUGAGCGAGGCCAUGGAGUGCUUAGAGCAUAUAUGCACGGAAGGCUGCACGAGCGUCGGGCCGUGCGACGCCGAGCUGGUGAGGAACAAGGACCCGUGCGGCAAGUUCGCCAUCUGCUGCGGCAUCCAGCUCUCGAUUAAGCAUUUCGCGACUUGCGAGAAGCGGGUCGGUGGAGGUUGCUCAAGAUGCAAGCGGAUGUGGCAGCUUCUCAGAUUGCACUCUUCGAUCUGUGACCAGCUCGAUUCUUGCCGGGUUCCCCUUUGCAGGCAAUUCAAAUUGCGAAUGCAUCAGGAGAAGAGGAAAGACGACGCCCGUUGGAAGCUGCUGGCGAAGAAAGUCAUCUCCGCGAAGGUCCUAUCCUCCUUGUCUCAGCCCAAACGGAAGAGAGCAGAGGAACCGAGAGAGGAAGUACGCGAUUGCGACAUUAGAAGCAUGAGACUGUCACCAAUCGCCAGCCAUUAGCAUCUCCCUAGUCGCCGGCGUGUGAAAAUGGAAAAACUGGUCAUCAGCCAGCACCUUUUUUGCAGCUUAUUACCAGAUCAAGUCCAUAAAUGCGCUCUCAACACUUGCUCGGAUAGUAGGCUGGAACUGUUGCCUGUAAUAUAAUCAUAGAUAUUCAAGUUGAUGCGGAUGCAAGUUAUCUAUAAGGGUCUUCUUACUACCCGAAACGUAUAGUCUUUUGAUGUUCAUAGUUUUCGAUGGGCAAAUGGGGAUUCAGCAAAGAAAAUUGCCCGAAAUGUAGUAUUUGGAAAUUGUCAGUUAUCACGUAUGCUGCUACUUGUGGUGAUUUUGUGACAAACAUGAAGUUGUCCUCGUCUUACUUUC